AUGAAGCACUCCAGCAACCUUGAGCUAUUCUUGGCUGUCUGGAAACUAAGGAAGCUCCUCAAGUCAGGCACCAUUAAUGAAGAGAAAUUCCUACAAGAUUGUUGCAUGCUACUAGGUGGAUUGGAAGACAGAACCAAUUGGGCAACACGCAAUCUGACUUGCAACCAUGAGCUUAUGGAUGCCAUCUUGGAUUUGUUGGCUCAUGUGCAUAUAGCAGCAACAUUUCCAGCAGGCUCAUGGAUGAGACUAACAACUGGCUGUCUGUACAUGGUGGCUGCUGGCCUUGUUCAUGAGAUGCUGGCACAGGUGGACCUGUUGACUGAGGGGAUGAGUGAUGUUCCCAAGGAUGAUUUGACUCUCCUCCCAAGGUCCUGCCAAAUGUCCAAGCUCAAGGUGAUUCUCCCAUCUUGCCUUGGAUCCAAGAUUGUAGAGGAGGAGUUGAAGCUGAUGCAAACAGUGAUAACUCAUAUGAUCAACAUGAUCACAACCAAGGAUGAGCUCACUCUAUCUACCAAGGGAACCUCAGAAACAAUAGAGAAUAUCACUGAUCAUCCAGCAGGAGUUAUAGCCCAGUUUCUUUUGAAGAAACAUGGAGAUGAGCCCAAUGCCAGAGGAUAUGAACACAAGAAGCAACAAAGACUAAGGCCUAAAAAGACCCCUGGUGUUGUUGCUGUUAGGCAGGAUACCUUUGCAGCAAAUCUUCAGGAAAGUGAUGUGGAUGACAUGGAGGAUACCUCUUACCAUCAGGAAUCCAAUCAUGGGCGUGCAACAAUGCCAAGCCUUGAAGAUCAUAGUGGUGACCAGGGGCAAGUUACUGGAUGUCAUGGUGGACAUGAUCAAAUAGAAGAUGUGGAGGUGGACCAUGAUAUUGAGGGGGUUCACACACACCAAGAUGCAAGUGAGGAUGGAGGUGAUAAUGAAGCUGAUGCAAGACUCCAGCAAGGUGGUGAUUGGGAACUAGACAAAUCCAUCCUGAAAGUCAUUGCCAGUGCAGAGUCAAUGACAAAAGAAGAAAGCAGAGGCUUGGCUGAACUCCUGGAUCAAAUCACAGCAAGUCAUAGAGAUGGAGACAUGCAAUACUUGGUGGAUGCAUUACUAGCAAAAGGAAAGCAUGUAUCAACCAAACUAAAGAAGGUGCAUGAGCAUCAAAAUAACUUGGUCAGUGAAGAUGAGGAUAGGGGGGAUGGUCAGGGAAGCGCAGCUGAGGAGGAGGAAUGGGAGGAAGGUCACACAGAAGAGGCAUGA